UUUUCCUUUUGUUUUUUUAUUAUUAUUAUUAUUAUUAUUUUCCCUCCAAUUUUUGUUUCUUUUUUUUUUUGUUCUUCUUUUUUGUAUUAUUUCUCAUGCAUUAUUCUCAACUUGAAAAGUCAUGGAUGGAAUCUCGUAUCAGUCAUGAACUUGUAUCCUUAUUAACUCAUGAAGUUUCUAUGAUUGUCACACCAAUAUUCAAUCCGACUUUACAUAUGACCACCAUUCCUUCUUUACAUGACUUUAUUGAUAUUCUCGUUCGUAAGUCUCGUACUAGAACUGGUACUUUAUUGGUGGCUCUAAUCUUAUUGAAUCGAUUAUCUUAUCGACUUGGUUAUGUUACCACUGGUAUGGCUUCUGCUCCACAACGUAUCUUUUUGGCUUCUCUCAUCGUUAGCACUAAACUCAUUCAUGAUACUUCACCAAAGAAUAAACAUUGGUUAGCUUUUGCAAACGAUUACUUUGAAUUGGACGAAAUCAACUUGAUGGAAAAACAAUUUUUGACACUCAUGGAUUUUAACUUAUCAAUUUCAAGUCAUGAUUUCCAACAAGUGGUCGAUAGAUACAGACAACUUCAGAAAGAUGGAAGACGUAACAAGAAGAGGUGGCAAGGAACUCCUGAUUGUUUGGUUACCCCUGUUCGAAACGUGGCGUUGGCGGUUGGCAGCAAGAAUGCUACAGUCACUAGACCUUUACCUUGUUCUUUAUCAUCAUCUUCUAUAUCAUCCACUCAAUCCGCAAAUUUGUCAUUAUCAGCUUCAUCCUCAUCCUCAUGCAUACCUGCUUUUGACCCUCUUUCCAACAGUACAUCUUCCUCUACUUUACAAUCCCACUCUCCAGUGUCUCCUAUGGUACCUAUUCUUCUUCAUGAUAAUACAUGUGAUAAUGAUUCAAAUUGGUGCUACUCAACAAGGUAUAUGUCUCCUGUGUUUUCGGUUUAACAAGGAACUUUACUUUAUAUUUUCAUUAUACUAUGUCC